UAUACUCCUCCCUUUCAACACUUAAUUACCGUGUAAAUUAAAGUGUUCUUACUUUGAAAAUUCCUUACAUUUUCUCUCUCUUUAUAUAACCAAUCACCCCAUUCUUCAUAUCAUCUUCUCCAAUCAAAUCAAAAUCUAGUAGAAAAAGCUUACCAAAUUUCUUACCAUAAACUCUUAAUUACAUAUACUAAUUGACAUUAUUAAACCAACCACCAAUAAAUAAGCAAAUUAUAAGUAAGUUAUUAGAAGUAUAUAGCUUAGUUAUAUUUUUUUAUUUUUCUAUAUAUUAUGGAGGGGGGUAACAGUAGUAAUAAUGAAAACAAUAAUAAUGAUUCUAUAAUAAGGUUAUUAAUACUCCAAGGUAUUGAAUUAGCCAAAAAUAUGGAAUUAGAUCUUUCUAAUAUAUUGGCUAAUGAUCCUUUAAAUCUCACACAAAAGUGUGAUGAGAUUAUAGAGGUGUUUAGUAAGGCAAAGCAGCAGCUUAGUUCUUCUGCCUUGCAACCUUUGACACUGGAUCAUCAGCAUCUUUAUCAACCGGAUAUGGAGGCGGUUUUCGGGUACGUGCAACGUCAGUUGGCGAAAGGAAAAGGCAAGGAGGCUGCUGGAGACGUUGUAGGAGUCACCAUGAAAGCCGAAAGUGGUGGUGACCAAGAUAUGCAACAUGGGUAUGGAACGAUGAUGGAGGUUGGUGGGAGCUCGAGCUCGGUGUUUAGGAGCUCGAGCUCGGUGUUGAUGAGGAGCUCUUCUAGGAGGUCAUCAUCAAGAAAUGAUGAUCAAGGAAGUAAUCGAAGGGUGAGGAUGGCAGCUCCAAGGAUAGGUAAUACAGAGAUGCCACCAGAAGAUGGUUUCACUUGGAGAAAAUAUGGUCAGAAAGAGAUUCUUAAUGCUAAGUAUCCUAGGAGUUACUAUAGAUGUACACAUCAAAAACUAUACAAUUGCCAAGCCAAGAAGCAAGUCCAACGACUUGACGACGAUCCCUACACCUUUGACAUCCUCUACCGGGAGGAGCACACUUGCCACAUGUCCAACACCGCCCCUUCAUCCGUCCCACCACCGCAAUCGCCAACCGUCCACGACUAUUGA